AUGGCGGAGAAGAAGAUGAAGGCAAAGGAGCUGAAACGGAAAAACAUCCUGGAUUCCAUGCAGCGCAUCCAAGACUUCCUGACGAAUUACGAUGAGGAGCGAGACAUGAACGAGGUAGCGAUACGUCUGGCCCGACUUGAUAACCUGAUGGAAAAUUUUGAAGCGAUCCAAGGAGAAUACGAAACGUACGACGAUGAACCAGAAUUUGCUGCGGCCAAUGCGAAGGUAAGGGCAAGGGUGGAAGAGCAGUACUUUAGGGUAAAAGGUGGUCUCGUUAGCAAGGUUCCUCCCCUUCCUCCAAUCUCAACCAAUCCAUUAAACCAGCAAGGUGCUCCAGCAAUUGCUCAUGUAACCGGUGUGAAACUCCCCACUAUCGAAUUGCCUAAAUUUGACGGUGAUCUGAAUGAAUGGUUAACGUUUCGCGAUUCCUUUUCAUCACUGAUUCACUCGUCGCCAGAAAUCCCAUGCAUCCAAAAGUUUCAGUACCUCCGAUCUGCCUUGCGAGGUGACGCUUUAAAACUGAUUGAAUCCUUAAACAUCACAGCAAACAACUACGCGGUAGCUUGGGAAGCACUCCUCAACCGCUACUCCAACACAUACUUAUUAAAAAAGAAACACUUGCAAGCUCUAAUUGUCCACUCGAAGGUCUCGGGAAAAUCCGCUGCUGGUUUACGUGCUGUUGUAGAGGAUUUCCAAAGGCAUGUCAAAAUACUCAACCAACUAAAUGAACCAACCGCGCAUUGGGGCAGUCUCUUGGUUCAACUACUGUGCUCUCGAAUCGACGAUUACACCCUGAAGGAAUGGGAAGAAUUUGUCUCUGCUAAUCACGAACCAACGUAUGAAAGCCUCAUCGAAGUACUAACCCGUAAAAUCCGGACUUUAGAAUCCCUUCACAUAUCGGCUGAGCAGUCCACUUCUUCUUUCCAAGCAAAGCACAAUCUCCCUGUCAGGCAACCUAAACCCCAAAAUCCUACAUCGUCGAAAAUCAACUCCUAUACUGCAGUGGAACGGUACCAACCUGAAUGCCUAGCUUGCCGCGAUUAUCAUCCUUUGGUGAGAUGUCCGGUGUUUGAAAAGAUGCAGCUUAAAGAUCGAUUGAACCUAGUAAACACGAAGCGGAUUUGUAGCAACUGCUUCAGGGGCAACCACUUCGCCCGGAAUUGUCAAUCCAACUUCUCCUGCAAGCAUUGUCAAAAACGCCACCACUCUUUAUUGCAUCCCGGGUUCGAUGCACCAGUAUCGGACAACAAUCCAAAUUCCAGUGGUCCACAAAUCCGAACAACCCAGAAUCCUCCGAAAUCCAAUGAAUCCUCCACAGUGGUUACAGCAACAAAUCCUGAAGUGAUCUCGUCAAACUCCGCCACAGAAUCCCGUGGCAUGAACGUUUUCUUAUCGACCGUCAUCAUCAAGGUGCUAGAUGGAUAUGGAAAUGAACAUCUGGCCCGAGCUCUGCUAGACAGUGGAUCACAAAGCAGUCUCAUGAGUGACCGCCUUUGUCAGAAACUAAGAUUGCUUCGUCAUCGUAUUGACCAACCCAUCCUCGGUAUUGGUGAAUCUCCCAUUCGAGCAGUUUGCUCCGUGACCACCGAAGUGAGAUCGAGAGUUGAUGACUUCUCUAUUCCCCUGAAUUGUUUGGUGCUCAAAAAGCUGACUGCUGAUCUACCUGCUGUAACCAUUACCACUGCAAACUGGCAGAUACCGAACGAUAUCACACUUGCUGAUCCCGAGUACAACGUCUCACGAAAGGUAGACCUCAUAAUAGGUGCCGAACACUUUUAUGCAAUCCUCCAGGGUGGCCGGUUGCAAAUUGGCCCACACGCCCUGGCCUUAGUGGAAAGUAGGUUCGGUUGGCUUGUUUCAGGAGCAGUGCCUUUUGAUCCCAUACCCCAAGCUCUGGUUUAUUGUCCGUCUAUUUUGGAAACCCUCAACGAGAACCUCGAAAAAUUCUGGAAAAUAGACGAAUUUGAAAAUUCUAAACCCACCCUUUCACCCAACGAUCAAUAUUGUGAGGACUUCUUCAAGGAAACGGUAAGCCGCGAUUCCACUGGUCGAUACUCCGUAAAAUAUCCAAAAAAAAUGAUUUUGAAUCAAUGA